CAGUUUUUUAAAUCUCUUCCAGAUGAGACGUACUUUGAACUGGUUUUGAAAUGAGCCGGCGAGCGUGUUUGGCUUUUUACUGGAGUGAAAUGAAACGGUCGCGGCUCGCUCUUUAUCAUGGAAAGGUGGAAGAGAAACGCUCCUAAUGACAAACCGCUUGCCUCUCGGUUUCAAGCUAAAUACACGACGGCAUCACUAUCUGACUUGAGGAGUCUGCUGCUGACCAACAGAAAGCCUUUCGGAUCUGUCAGUCAAGUAUGGCCAGGACUGUAUAUAGGAGACGAGUACUCGGCUCGUGAUAAAUGACUCAUCGCUUAUAUGGGAAUCACUCACAUUGUAAACUCUGCAGACGGAGCCCUUCGCAUCAACACGGGCGCUGGGUUCUACACAGACGUGAGCAUAACUUAUUAUGGAGUUGAGGCUUCAGAUCACCCACGGUUUGAUUUGAGUCAGUAUUUCAGACCAACUGCAUCCUUCAUUAAAGCCGAGCUGACACAAAACGGCAAGUCUGACUUUCUUGAGCUCCAAUUUACUAAAUUUUAAUGUUGUGCAAUGGGAGUCAGUCGAUCUGGAGCUUUGGUUUUGGCUUUCCUCGUGAUGUGCAAAGAUCUCACCCUCUCAGAUGCCAUCAUCGCUGUUAGAUUGAACAGGGACAUCUGCCCCAACUAGGGCUUUCUAGAGCAACUGAGAACUCUGGAUGAAAAAACACAGACAAAUGUCAUCAACUAA